UCUGAUCGUUCUUGGCUGCCUUUUUUAAAACUAUAGUUGGGAUGAUAUUGUAUCUGCUUGUGUAUCCUCCACUGUGGGAAUUUUACGUCCGCGUCUCUAACACGUGACACACGACGUGGCAGGAGCCAUUCAAGCUGUUCUGCCUUUUUUUUCUGUUAACAAGGUGUUUGUCUCAUUUGAGCGGUCAGUGUCCUUCUGAUACACAGGUGUGAAAAGUGCUCUGCUUGAGUCUGAUAAAAAUCCCAGUGUCUGGCUUUAUAUUCUUUAAUCACCUUGUCCCUAAAGUCUUUUUUUUUUUCAAGGUUUUCCAGAAAAUAAAUUUUGACAUACCAGAAACUGGUAAAUUUAUGUUGUGUAUACAGUUGACCCUUGAACAGCUCAGGGGUUGGGGGUGCCAACCCCCCCCCCCCAUGCAGUCAAAAAUCCCCAUAUAACUUCUGAUUCCCCCAAAUCUUAACUACUAAUCGCGUACUGUACUGUUGACUGGAAGCCUUUACUGAUAAUGAUAACAUAAACAGUUGAUUAACACCUAGGUUGUAUGUGUUAUAUGCUACGUUCUUACAAUAAAAUAAGCUAGGAGAAAGAAAAUGUUUCCAAAAUCAUAAUGACGAGAACAUACAUACAUUUAUAGUACUGUACUGCAUUUAUCGAAAGAAAUCCACACGUAAGUGGACUCGUGAAGUUCAAACCCAUGUUAUUCAAGGGUCAACUGUACAUUGUGUUAAUCAGUUUUAUGAACUCUGUUUUUGUUUUUAUUUUUCCGCUCCCUAUGAACUGUGUUUUUAAAAUACCACUUGGAAAUCCUCUGUUGAUAUCGAAUGACAUCUGUUUUCUAAUUGAGUAAAAUUUUGUUUUACAGUGCAGAAACAAUGUCUAUUCUUCAGGACGCUCCUGCCUGCUGUCUGCCUCUUUUUAAAUUUACAGAUAUCUAUGAAAAAAAAUUUGGACACAAGUUGAACGUGUCGGAUUUAUAUAAGCUAACAGACACGGUGGCAAUCCGCGAACAAGGAAACGGAAGACUGGUGUGUCUGUUGCCCAGCAGUCAGGCCCGGCAGAGCCCCUUGGGGUCUUCGCAGUCACAUGACGGCUCCUCGACAAAUUGCAGCCCAAUCAUAUUUGAAGAGUUAGAAUAUCACGAGCCUGUCUGCAGACAGCAUUGCCCUGAUAAGGACUUCAGUGAACACGAAUUUGAUCCAGACUCCUAUAAGAUUCCUUUUGUGAUCCUCUCUUUGAAGACAUUUGCGCCCCAGGUUCAUAGUCUUCUGCAGACACAUGAGGGCACCGUGCCUUUAUUAAGCUUUCCAGAUUGUUAUGCUGCAGAGUUCGGUGAACUAGAAAUAGUGCAGGAAAAUCAAGGGGGUGUUCCCUUAGAACACCUCAUCACCUGUGUUCCAGGUGUAAACAUCGCCACUGCACAGAAUGGCGUCAAAGUGGUCAAAUGGAUUCACAACAAGCCCCCACCUCCAAACACAGAUCCUUGGCUUCUGCGUUCUAAAAGUCCUGUGGGUAACCCCCAGCUGAUCCAGUUUAGCAGGGAAGUGAUUGACCUGCUAAAGAGCCAGCCGUCCUGUGUCAUCCCAAUUAGUAAUUUCAUCCCGUCCUACCACCAUCAUUUUGCAAAGCAGUGCCGGGUAUCAGACUAUGGAUAUUCCAAGCUGAUAGAAUUACUGGAAGCUGUGCCUCAUGUGUUGCAGAUCCUCGGAAUGGGCUCCAAAAGGUUGUUGACCCUUACCCACAGGGCCCAGGUGAAGCGCUUUACUCAGGAUUUACUAAAACUUCUCAAAUCCCAAGCCAGCAAACAGGUCAUUGUGAGGGAGUUCUCACAGGCUUACCAUUGGUGUUUCUCAAAAGACUGGGAUGUCACUGAAUAUGGUGUUUGUGAAUUGAUUGAUAUCGUAUCAGAGAUUCCAGACACAACCAUCUGCUUGUCCCAACAAGAUAGUGAAAUGGUGAUUUGUAUCCCCAAAAGAGAGCGUACCCAGGAUGAAAUAGAAAGGACAAAGCAGUUCUCCAAGGAUGUUGUUGAUUUGCUGCGGCACCAACCCCAUUUCCGGAUGCCCUUUAACAAAUUUAUCCCCUCCUACCAUCACCACUUUGGCCGGCAGUGUAAACUUUCAUACUAUGGGUUUACUAAACUACUUGAACUUUUUGAAGCCAUACCUGAUAUUUUACAAGUAUUGGAAUGUGGAGAAGAAAAAAUCCUCACUUUGACAGAGGUAGAACGAUUCAAAGCUCUUGCUGCCCAGUUUGUCAAACUCCUUCGGUCCCAAAAAGAUAACUGCCUUAUGAUGACGGAUCUGCUUACGGAAUACGCUAAAACUUUUGGUUACACGUUUCGUCUCCAAGACUACGAUGUCAGUUCAGUUUCAGCUUUAACACAGAAGCUCUGCCAUGUUGUGAAGGUUGCUGACAUGGCGUCAGGCAAACAGAUUCAGCUGAUCAACCGCAAGUCCCUGCGUGCUCUCACUGCCCAGCUGCUGGUGUUGCUGAUGUCUUGGGAAGGAGCCGCCCACCUGUCUGUCGAUGAGCUCAAGAGGCGUUAUGAAACUACCCACAGUGCUCCCCUCAACCCCUGUGAAUAUGGAUUCAUGACCUUGACCGAACUUCUGAAGAGUCUGCCCUACUUAGUGGAGGUAUGAAUAUUGACAGUUCUGUGGAGCCGUCUUAUGAGAACCGCUGAACCAUGUGUUUCUGGAUCACUUGAUGGUCUGGCUUAGAGGAUGUAGAGCUGGAAGGGACCAGUCGGUCAUUUCGUAGUUGAACAAACUGAGGCGUAGCAGGGGUGUGGUUUGGACACACAGGGGUUUGGGCACCUUGCCCAAACGAGUAGCAAGCUAAGAGGGAAGCCUGGGCCUCCUGAGUCUCAGGCUGGGGUGCUUUGUUAUAUACUGGCUGCAGUUUGCUACUGUUAGGUAUGUCUGAAUUAGAUGGAUUUUGUGGGGGCUCCGGGCGACUCAUCAUUCAGGCACAGGUCAGAAAGGAAGGCUGGUCACCCAGGUUGCCUUUUAAGAAUAGCACUUAAGGUUAGAAAAAUCAUAAGACAAUACUACAGAAAUAGAUAAAGCCCCCUCCACCCCACAAAAUUAUCAAAAUUGACCCUAGAUGUUAAAAAUU